AUGAUGGUCUGUCAUCGUGGUUUAACAAUUAAAAUCUCUCGUUUUCUCCAUCGUCUUCUUCGACCUAUUUAUGAUCGAGUCACAUAUUCCGAGACAUUUAACAGAGGUACAGGUGUCAUCGAUGCGAUGGAAGAGUGUACGAAGAAAGGUUUGCUUCGACCAAACACUCUAUUUGCUACACUCUACAUUAAUAAUUUAUCUACCAUAUUUCCACAUCAACAAAUGAUUGAAACUUUACAACGUUUCCUUCAUGAAUAUCUAUUCAAUCAACAAAUUCAAGGUAUCACUAUACCAACGAUUAUUGCUCUUGUUGAAAUUUUUCUUGAAAAUCAAUAUAUACUCUAUGACAACAAACUAGUCUAUCAACAAAUUCAAGGAAGUGGCUUUCAAUCACCAUUGACGACGAUAUUAGCAAACAUCUUCAUAUAUUCUUGGCAAAAAGAUUUGGUGACAAUUUUAGAUAAUAAAAAUGAAAUCUUUGGCAGCCAUAUCGAUGGUGAACUUAAAACUCAAGUUGCUCAUAAUUUAAACACUGAACCAUAUUCAUUACCUUUCGUAUUUGGUCAUCAACGACAAAAAUAAAUUACUAUUGUUGAUAUAAUAUCUUUAUAA